AGUUCAUGUUUUCUCAUACAAAACAAUAUCUUGAAAUUAAAAAUCAAAAAUAAAGAGAGAGAGGGUAAAUCACAAAAGUGAACAUACAAAGAAGAAAUGAAUCUUUGUCUUAACAAUCAAAACCACAAGAUUUUGGUGGAGAGAGUGUUGAAGCAAUGAAGGUAAAUGUGGAGGUAAUAACGGGUACAUUUAUAGAUGCUGAGGUGAGUGAAAAUGCGACGGUGAAGGAACUAAAGGAGAGGAUUGCAACGGAGGUGAAACUAUCGGUGAAGCGUUUGAUACUUGUGGUCGAGGAUGAAGAGGAGAGUAGAAGAUUGGUUAAGGAUGAUGAAGAUGAAAUGAAGCUGAUAGAUUUAGGAGUGAAAGAAGAUGCUCAUAUGUAUUUGUUCUUUAAGCAUCCUGAUUUGGUUUACAAGGAGGAGAAAUCACAAGGAAGAGGAGAUAAUGCAUCUGUAGAGGAGCUUUCAUCGGAAGCAGAGAGUAAAAGAGGAAACAAAGAAGAAGAUGAAGAUGCAAAGGGUGAAGAGAAAGAUAUAGCUAUGAAGAAUGGUGAAGAAGAAGAGAAGAAUGGAGAAGAAACAAAGGAUGAUGAUAAUGUUCAAGAUGGAAAAAAGAAAGCAAGAGAAGGAGAGAAUGAAAUGGAUAUAGUUUCUUGAUUUGAUUUGUUUAACCAUUCCAUUUUUUGUUUACUUUUCUUUUG